CGAACAAAAUGUUGAAGUCGACGAUUUCACAUUUGCCUCCAGAGUUUUCAUCUUGAAGGAAUCAAGCGAAAGAUCCUCAAUUACAGGCCAAUCUGGAUGGGAGGGAAUCAGUUCUAAUAUGAUUCCUGAAAUUCCCACACUCCAUAUGCGCCAUGAGCCUCCUUUUCAGAAUCGGAUCGGCUAGAUCAAGCUGCGCGCUUCUCUUAUGUCGCAAACAUGCUUUUUCAACUACAGCUAGAGCACCCAGGACGGGCGGAAAAGCAUGGAAGAAGAGAAAAGAAGCUGAAGCUUCUGCCUACGGGGCCCUGUUUCCUUCGAAGGAAGAGGAGAUGAUACGGCAUGUAGUGGGACGAAACACGAAGAAGACAUACUCCAUCUUCCGCGGUCUUAUGCUUGGCAAAUAUGACCUGCUCAUGAAUACAUCGCGGAGCUGGGCAGCGAGACAGAAUGAGUAUAAAGGAUUCGGGCUCGUCUCCAAACUUGACUUGGACCGCGAGGUCAAGCUGUUCAGAAACUCUCUCGAAAAGGCUUGCGACUUGGCUGGCGAAAACCAAGCUAUUUCGAAGAGCAACAACCCCCUAUUCUGGGGUUUACGCAAUGCCUUCAUCGAAACUGAUAUGGACGGCCUCACCCAACACCUGGUAUAUAGCUUUCAAAAUUUCCUCAUGCGCUCGAGAUUCCCCAAGACUAUCAUCGCCACUCAUAAAAAAAUUGCGGAUUUCCGAUAUCCAUAUGAAUGGUUUCCCGCUACAAGAGCCUUGCAGCGCACGAUUCACCUACACGUCGGCCCAACAAACUCGGGGAAAACUUACAAUGCCCUCAAAGCAUUGGAGAAUUCCAAGUCUGGUAUUUACGCAGGACCGCUCAGGUUAUUAGCACACGAAGUUUAUUCUCGGUUCAUGGCCAAAGGUAAGAAAUGCGCCUUGGUAACCGGUGAAGAACAACGAAUCCCAGAGGGCGAGGACAACUAUUUCCGAAGCUGUACCGUCGAGAUGACCCCUCUGAACCUUCCGGUGGACGUCGCGGUCAUCGACGAGAUCCAAAUGAUCGGGGACAGCGAGAGAGGAUGGGCAUGGACACAAGCGUUCCUUGGUGUGCAAGCUAAAGAGGUUCACCUCUGUGGAGAGGAGCGUACCGUGGAUUUGAUCCAAUCCUUAUGCGAAGUUAUCGGCGAUAAGUGCAUUGUCACACGGUAUAAGAGGUUAAACCCAUUGGAAACCAUGGAGAACAGCCUGGGAUCACUCAAGAAUCUUGAAAAGGGCGACGCCGUUGUCACCUUUUCGAGACUCAGCAUACAUCUAUUAAAGAAGCAGAUAGAAGAAGCUACUGGACGUCGGUGUGCUAUGAUCUACGGAUCACUGCCACCGGAAACCCGUGCUCAGCAAGCCGCGCUCUUUAACGAUCCUGACAGCGACUAUGAUUUUCUUGUCGCUAGCGACGCCAUCGGCAUGGGCCUCAACUUGGAAAUAAGGCGAGUCGUUUUCGAUCAGACACAUAAACGCACCGUCGGCGGUUAUCGGCAAAUAACGACUUCCGAGAUCAAACAGAUAGGGGGCAGGGCUGGCCGAUACAGAACAGCACGUCAGGCGGCCAACCCGGAGCCAGAAUUGAGUCAGCCAAUUACGGCUAGCCAACCCGGACUUGUAACAGCCUUCGAGGCUAGUGAUCUCAAGGUCAUCCAAGAGGCUUUUAGUAGCGAACCUGAACCUAUACAGUCGGCUGGCAUACAACCUCCGCCUUCUGUGAUUGAGAGAUUUUCAUCCUACUUUCCUCCAAGGACACCAUUUGGCUACAUCUUAUCCCGCCUACGAGACAUCGCACAGACUUCUCCAAAGUUUCACCUUUGCCGGGUAAAGGAAAUGUUGGCCAUUUGCGACUUGAUCCAGCCCUUUCAUAUGUCUGUCUAUGAUCGUUGCGUCUUCUUGAAUGCGCCGGUUGCCCUACGAGAGAGAGCGGGAUCUGCGGUUGUGCAAGCUUUCGGAAAAUGUGUUGCCACGAUGAGCGGCGGUGAACUUGCCGAUAUUAAAGCUGUUGACCUAGAACUACUCGACGUCGACGAGAGGCUGUUCAAGAGUAAGGACAACCAAAGCGAGUACUUGCAACGGUUAGAAGCCCUCCACAAACAGAUCACGCUCUAUCUCUGGCUUAGCUAUCGGUAUACCGGCGUGUUUCGUAGCCAGAAUUUGGCCUUCUAUGUCAAAGGGAUCGUCGAGAAAAAAAUCGAUGACCACUUAGGCAAGGUCAACGUCACCGAGACCGAGCGCAAGGCGAGAUUGGAAAGAAUCCGGAUGAAGGCCGAGAAGACGCGGCGUAAGAAGAAGGCGCUCGUUGACGGUGAAGUUCCAACCGACGGCCCCAAAUUGCCUGGCGAGUGGAACGAGGAAGGGCAUGAAGAACCCCUUUUCAACGGUCCUGAUGAGGUAAAACCUAUCGGUCGACUAGAUCCAAAUGCCAUAGAAACGGAAAGCGGGCAGACUCAUAAGCCUAUACGCUUGAUAGGAGUAUAAGAAGUAGCAUGAUCAGGUAUGUAAAAACAAUGGUGUACCAUAUAGCCAACUAGAGAAAGAAAGGAUUUUGUAAGAUAAAACUGAUUAUUGUACAAGAUCCAUAUACUCUAGUGUUAGGCCAGGAUCCAAUAGGAUAUGCCUAAUGAAUAGGUCAACCACUCCAAGAAAUUGUAGUAAAAAGAUUUCCCCCUGACUCCUUUUUGUAGAAUUGACAUUAUAUGGGAAGG